AUGAACCAGGCAAUGCGCAGACCACGUAAAUCGCCAAAGGACAUUCGACGCUCAAAGUCAAAGUCACCUUAUUUGGAAAAUGGGCCGCAGAAAAAGGGUGUCUGCAUCUCUCUCAUGAUUGCCAAACCCAAAAAACCCAAUUCUGCAAAACGGAAAGUAGCGAGAGUAAAGUUGAGCACGGGAAAGACGAUUCUGUGCUAUAUCCCCGGUGAGGGACAUAAUUUGCAAGAGCAUUCGGUUGUACUGGUCAGAGGCGGUCGUGCGCAGGAUUUGCCUGGUGUGAGGUACCGACUUGUGAGAGGGGCGUAUGAUUUCAACGGUGUGGUCAACCGGGCGAACGCGAGGAGUAAAUAUGGAUCAAAAAAGCCGAAAGGAAAUUGA